CUUCAAAGACUGCCCAUUCAACGUCAGACAGAUAGAAAAGUAUCCAAGGAGCAACAGCAGAGUGUUUACAGAGUUGGUUUGAAAGGUCUUAAUCCAAGAUACAGAGCGGUCGUCCAACCCUACCUAACCACUAUCCAGCAUGGCCACAGCGAGUACCUCAGGGCAAAGCUCAUUUGGACUGAGCAGGAGGAAGAAGGCCCCUGGCCUGAUGGAUCAGAUUAGCACGUUCUUUGGAGGUGACAAAAAUAAAAGGGGCAAGGGGUCCUUCCGGGGUCACGCCACCUCCCCAAAGCCAGCCCCUCGACGUCGGGCUAAUGAGAAUGCAGUAAUGCAUUUCUUCAGGAGUUUGAGCGUGACAGCCUCUCCCCGUCCCAAGUCCAGGUGGAGGGAGGUCUUGGGCUUGGCCUCGCCACCACAUGCUGAUGCCACAAAGUCAUCUUACAGAUGCCGCAGAGACCAAGGGACACUGUCCAAAAUCUUCAACCUGUGGUGAUAUUAUCAGAGAGACCAAGUCCCGCCUUCCCCCCAAACGCUGGAGCACCAUCUUCUGAGCUCUCCUUAGAUGAGAAAACCAUGGAAAAGGAUGAAGAGGAGAAAGUUCUCCAUUUGACAGACUCACAACAACCCUUGACAACGUUAACACACUAACACCAGCAUGUCUCCUUUGUUUGUAGAUAGUGACACAAUCUUGGCACCUAAUAUUUAGCAUGCUGGGAUGAAAGUGUGCAGUCAUUGAGGGUGGGAGCUGUUGAGUUUGUCAAUAGCCUCAUAAUCUGAGUUUUAAGGGAAAGUUCUCCUUUAGAGUUUUGGAAAUGCAACAAAAUGAUUCUACUCUAACAUCUGGCUCAAUGGGCUAUUCGCCUCAUCUAGCAACCUGUUCUGAUGACGCUAGAGUCUACUAUUAAUGGGUUGUUGUGUUUUUCUAUUUGUCUGCAUAAUGUACGUGGAUGAUCUAUUCUACGCAUAGAAAUAGGCUUUAUAUUCCCCCUUGUUUCUUUUAGGAGCUCAAACACACAACUGUGUUUCGUUUUGUAUGUCGCCAGUUAUUUGAAAUCUAGUCUAAGAAAGUGUUUGUGGGUCUUGUUAUGCAUGCAAUUGUCAAAAUUGUCUUGUGAAAGUAUGUUAUGAAUGCAGUACUUGCGUAUUUGAAAAUGUAAUGGGAAAACCUGCAAAAUUUAUAAACUAACAUUAUGUAGUAUAAAAAUUGCAUUUGAUUCGUUUAGCCAUAUUACAAAAGUCGUGUUUUAUUUAGGCACUUAAAUCAUCAAUGUUGUAUAGUGUUAUGGUGUCCAAGCCUAUUAAAACAACUAAUUAAAACAAACGCCCUUCCAAACUGCACUGUUAAACUUUGCAAAUAUAUAUUUCAAAACUGUUUAAGAGCAUUUAACAUAUUUUCUGACUAAUCUUUAAAUUUGUAGUUUCAAUGCUUUGGUUAAUUUGAAGUUAGCUUUUUGAGUAAAAGAGAUGGUGAAAUGGAAAGUUGUUAAGAGGUCUAAUAAAUCUCCAAUGUAAAAACGUGGGCGAGAGCAUGUAGUUUUGCAAAUUCUCUCUCAAACAAUUGUAUUAUGUGUUUGAUUAAUUUGUCACAUCCCUUGUGUGCACAUAUCUGUCUGUUCACUGUGAGUGUUCAAUAAAAAAUAUGAUUAAAACUUUAUAAAAUCAUACAUUUUUCUGAGGGUGCUCAAUAACAUAGACUUGGUGCUAAAGGUGGAGAAAUGGAUUGAAGACCAGAAUAAUGUGUUUCUUGUAAAAUGCUCUUUGAAAUAAAGAUUUUUAAAUUGCCAA